CGUUUUGCUGAAGGGUGGAGACUCAGAGCAGCAGUGAGGAGGGAGGAUCUCAGCGGGAGUAGACACAGAGAGAGAGAGGGAGAGAGCGAGAGCGAAAGGCAUACAGAUAGAGGAGUGUGUGUUGUGAGCGUGGAUGUAAUCGGCUGCCUCUGUGUGUGUGUGUGACAGAAAGAGAUCAGCAGAAGGCAGAACGUGUGGAUGCUACUCCACAUGACUGGCUGCAUUUGGAUUCACGGAAGGAGAGCACACAACCACAGUAAAGAGAGUGUGGCAGACACAAACUGCUGACUGAACUGCAGACGCGCACCAGGGCAGAGCGCGGAGGAGUAAGUAGACAAGGCAGACAGAGCACGCGAGGCCUGACUGAUAGCGCCCAUGGCGAGCAAUAACACGGCCAGCAUCGCACAAGCCAGGAAGCUGGUGGAACAGCUGAAGAUGGAAGCCAACAUCGACAGGAUAAAGGUGUCUAAAGCUGCAGCAGACUUGAUGUCAUACUGCGAAGCUCAUGCCAAAGAGGACCCUCUAUUGUCACCGGUGCCAGCGUCGGAGAACCCGUUCAGGGAGAAGAAGUUCUUCUGUGCCAUCUUGUAAACUCGGCACGUCCCUUCAGCAGUCUUCUCAGUGUGGGGACUUUGAACAUGGACGUUCAAAACACGUAGAAAUCUUCUAGUAGGAGGGCACGGCGAUCAUUGCCCCCUUUUCUCGAACGGCACCUAAAGAGUGCAAAAAUUAAAGUGUAACCAUUAAAGCGGUGCAAUUGUUUUUGAGGGGGUGUGCGGCAUAUUGAAGGGUUCUGCGCUUUUAGAUGACACAAAAGGGAUGAUGACGAUGAGGAGGAGGAGUGUGAUGAUAACCACCUAGAGACAUGAUGGACAAGCAGUCAACCUACCACGUCGUCGGGUUGUGAUGUGUAACAACAAAAAAUAGAUAAAAUGAGAAAAAUAUGGAUGUGGUUCUUUUGGGACUUCCAGAUGUUUUGUUCAGUGGUUUGUGGGUUGGUUGAGCUCUGUAGGAAAGCAAAGAAAAAACAGAAAAAGAAAAAGAAAAAAACUACGCCUACCACUAGACGCCACCUGUAUAUUGGAAUGUUUUUUUUAAGUUGUUUAUUUUGUGUUUAUUCCAACUUUACCUAAAUAUCUUUCUAUAACUACAUGAUUACUGAAGUCUUUUUUUUUAACACCAACAGGUUAGUGAAAACUUUUUUAAUGGGAUGUUUGACACAUUCAACUCUGUGACUAUUUACACCUUUACCUUUCUGAAAAUCAGUCUCUGUGUAUCAACAUCUAGCCUGUCUGGCACAUGUGAUGCAGUUUGUCUCCUUCAGAUACGAACCCUCUUUCUACUAUUUGUAUGAAAUGACUAGCAAGUAAACUGUGCCGUGCUGUGAGUUCUGAAUGUUUGUGUUUGUAUCAUUAACUAUUGCAUGAAACAGUCAAAUGAUCUUCUCACUUUCCUUUCAUGUGGAGGUUGUAUAAAAUAGGCAAUCUCGUUAUGGAGGUGACAAAAGUAAAUAUUAAAACAAGAAUGAUUCAAUGCAGACUCAACGAGGACAUCUCUCUAUUAUACAUGAUACUGCUAAAAGCAUUUUUUUUUAGCAGGCAGUGGAUCUGUGAGAUUAUUUUUUCCACAUUGCUUGUAAUCAUAUAUAUAUAUAAACUAAGAACCUCUGGAAACAUCAUCACAUCUGCAUGCUUGAGUCAAGCUGACACCGGUUUCAUAAGAGAAAACUUACUCUCAUGGAAAAACUAUUUUAGAAAUAUUUCUUUGUAAUAUUUGGCAUCCCAAACUUUGACAUCUCCACCACAGUGUAAAAUAAAGUUUGAGAAGUGCAACAUAA